AUGGCCGGGGCGCGCGGGCUGCUCUGCCUGUGGCUCGGCUGCUUCUGCGCCGGCCUGGCGCGCGGGGACCGGCUGAGGCAGAGCGUCCCGGAGCCCCGCGGCGCUGCGACCAGCGACCGCGCGGCAGGUGCCGGCCCGGGCCCCGCGCUGCGGCCGCACGACCGGGUGUCCGUGCACAUGCUGCGACUCUACGACCGGUACAGCGGCGGCGGCACGGCCGAGGCGGAGCGCACCCCCGGGUCCUCGGAGCGGGGCUCGCGGCCCCCGCGCCCCCGGCCCCUGCGCGAAGGCAACACGGUGCGCAGCUUCCGAGCCGGAGCAGCCGGAACCCUUGGAAGCAAGGGACUGCACAUUUUUAACCUGACUUCUCUAACCAAGUCUGAAAACGUUUUAUCUGCCACCCUGCACUUCUAUGCCGGGGAGCUAAUAAACGUGACCUUGAGCUGUCCCGUGUCCCGAGGAUGCGCACAGCAGGCCCAGGGGAAACACUUGCAGGUUGAUCUCUCUGCGUGGAUCCUUAAAUCCGACAGAAACCAAAGUCAGCUCCUGGGUCAUCUUUCAGUAGACGUCGCCAAAUCUCGAGAUUUGGGCUCCUGGCUGUCUAAAGACAUCACUCAAGUCCUGAGGAAGGCCAAGGACAAUGAGGAGUUCCUCAUAGGAUUUAACCUUACCUCCAAAGGACACCCACUGCCAAAGAAGAUGUCGCCCUUCCCUGAGCCUUACAUCUUGGUGUAUGCAAACGAUGUCGCCAUUUCUGAGCCAGAGAGUGUGGUCUCAAGCUUACAAGGACGCCGUAAUUUCCCCACCAGAGCCCUGCCUCCGCUGGAUAGCCAUAUCAGGGCUGCCCUUUCCAUGGAACGGAGGAAGAAGCGCUCGGCUGGGGUCCUGCUUCCUCUGCAGAACAAUGAGCUUCCUGGGGCCGAGUACCAGUACAGGGAGGAUGGGGUAUGGGAGGAGAGAAAACCUUACAAGACCCUUCAGACUCAGGCCCCAGAGAAGACUAAAAACAAGAAGAAACAGAGAAAGGGACCUCACCAGAAGAGCCAGACGCUCCAGUUUGAUGAGCAGACCCUGAAGAAGGCCAGAAGGAAGCAAUGGAUCGAGCCUCGGAAUUGUGCCCGGCGGUACCUGAAGGUGGACUUUGCGGACAUCGGCUGGAGCGAGUGGAUCAUCUCCCCCAAGUCCUUUGAUGCCUAUUACUGCUCCGGAGCCUGCCAGUUCCCCAUGCCCAAGUCUUUGAAGCCAUCAAAUCACGCCACCAUCCAGAGCAUAGUGCGAGCGGUGGGGGUCGUGCCCGGAAUUCCCGAGCCUUGCUGUGUGCCUGAGAAGAUGUCCUCGCUCAGCAUCUUAUUCUUUGAUGAAAAUAAGAACGUGGUACUGAAAGUGUAUCCUAACAUGACGGUAGAGUCUUGUGCUUGCAGAUAACCUGGCAGAGAACGCGUACGAAUGCUUAAUUCUAUCAGUACUUUAUUUAAUGGACUCCCCCCUCCUUUUUUUUUUUUUUUGCACUGCCAAUGCAUUUCACCCCAAAAGAUCUUUU